CGUAAAUAAUACAUGGUCUCUUAAAGACACACCACUAGUCCUCUAACCAUAGAGCGUAGAAUCCCUGUUCCUCCUAUCUUCCUCCAAACUUAAACAAGAAUCGAACAGAGAAAUUAAAUCAGAAUAUUGCCUCUGACUGCACCUAUCAUUGUCAGAUUCUGGAAAUAAAUGCUCAGGUUAAAUGUGUAUUGCUCUCUGAUUCCCAGUUCAAGCCAUGUCAAGCUUGGAAGCAGCUACGGUUCGUGGAUCAUUCACUAUCACAGGACUUGGAAACCGAGUCAGGGGAUUUCCGUCAAGGCCUUGAAAGAUGGGGAAACAAGCGGAUUCCGGGGUCGGAGUUGGGACCCUGGGUUGGAAAUUGAGGUUCCUUUUGAACAAAGGCCGGUGAACGAGUACUCAUCUCUAAAAGAUGGAGCCCUAUAUUCAUGGGGGGAACUUCGUCCUGGGCCAUUUUUCCUUCGUCUUGGAGGCCUCUGGUUAGUAGCUUUCACUAGUCUAGGAGUACCAAUUGCAGCUGCAAGCUUUAAUCCUUCAAGGGAACCUCUAAGAUUUCUGCUAGCAGCUGGAACAGGAACUCUGUUCCUUGUGUCAUUAAUUGUCUUAAGAAUUUACCUGGGAUGGAGUUAUGUUGGUGAUAGACUUCUAUCAGCAGUAAUACCCUACGAAGAGAGUGGAUGGUAUGAUGGGCAAAUGUGGGUAAAGCCACCCGAGAUCCUGGCUCGUGAUAGACUGUUGGGCUCUUACAAGGUUAAGCCAGUCAUCAAAAGGCUGAAACAGACACUAGUAGGAACAGGGGUAUUACUUGUUACAGCAGUUUUGCUAUUCAUCUUUGCUACACCAGUGGAGCAAUUUUUUCAAACCACCUUUGGCACAAAAGGAAACCCAUCAGACGUUCCAGCUUCAAAGAUCAGCACAAAGCUUAAUAUAAGAAAAGAGGAAUUGCUUAAAUUGCCAACCGAGGUGAUGGCUGAUGACGAUCUAGCAGCAGCAGCUGCUCAGGCUGCUGAUGGAAGACCAGUCUAUUGCAGAGAUAGGUUUUACCGUGCAUUAGCAGGUGGACAGUACUGCAAAUGGGAGGAUUUAGUCAAAUAAUGGGAAAGGAGGAGGCACGAAUCAUAAUAAAUUUUAAUAUGAUCAUUCUGCUUUGUGAUUUCUAUUUACUAGAUGUUAACAUUCAAAGUUUUAUCCCAUUAUUUUAAGGAAAUCAUUUACAUUGUUUGA